CUUAUCUGGAUGCUGGAUCAGUUGUCUCACUGUUCAACUUGUGUCACUUGUUUGUGUUAUUGUGGAUAAUAUAUGAAAUGCAUGCUUCGAUAAUCAUCAUAAUAAAAAACAACAUUAUGGUUUCAUUGUGUUAUCAUACUUGUGUUUCAGUUUGAUUUAUAAAAUUACUUUUAUAACUCGAUAUAUAUAUUCUUAUAUAGCUAUAACUGGUUUUACACUUUUUGGUGAUAAUCGGUCAUUCAGUUACAAAGAUGUGGAAAAAAACUAAUCAAGAUCACGCUGUUGCGAUAUAUAAUUAUCAACAAGAAGGACCACACAGAUUAUGUCUCUUGAUGGGUGACGUUGUUCAAAUUCUUGAAGAAUCUACUGAUUGGUAUUUUGGAUGUACUCGGUAUAAGGGAACAAAAGGAAUAUUUCCAAAAUCGUAUGUAUGUCUUAUGUCACAAUCAACGAACGAAGCCCUUAUGCAAGAAAUAACAAGUGUGUUGAGAGAAUGGGGAUACUAUUGGAAGCGACUGUAUGUUAUGAAUUCGAGUAACUUUCUCAGCAUACAACAGCAAAUAUUUGAACUCGUUGUUUAUAGAAGUAAAAUUUUGAGUGGUACAUUAACAAUUGAUGAAUUAAAAGAUAUGAAACGACUGGCUACUGCUCGAAUAGAUACUGGCAAUCAAUUAUUAGAUCUGGAUAUGGUUGUGCGUGAUAAACAUGGUAAUAUACUUAAUCCUGAACAUACAAGUAUCAUCCAAUUAUAUUAUCAACAUGAAAAAGCUACGGAAAGAAUAAGAAAAGCAACGACCGACACAAAACCAACAAAACCUCCAGUACCUGUUUAUUCUUAUACAUUUUUUGUGAGUGUUAAAAAUUUUGUGUGUAAAAUGAUGGAAGAUGUUGAAUUAUUAUUGCGAUUAUAUGAUGCCAAAGAUGGAAAAGCUAUAACUGAAAAUUAUAUUGUUCCAUGGAGUAAAGAAGGCUUAACAAGAGAUAUUGAUCAAUUGCACAAUUUACGAGUUCUUUUCAGUGAUUUUGGAGCUCGUGAUUUAAUGAGAGAUAAGGUUUAUUUGGUAUGCUAUGUUAUUCGUAUUGGAGGAAUGGACAUGAAGGAUUCUGAUCCUAGACGAUCGAGUAUUCAAAAUAAUCCAAAACUAAAGACAAGUGUAGAGAACAUGAGACGACCAUUUGGUGUUGCAGCCAUGGAUGUAUCAGUUUAUAUAACAGGGAAACUUGAGGCUGACAUUGAACACCAUCAUUUUAUACCUUUUCUACAAUGUUGUGAAAAAGAGAAUCUUGAUGGAACAUUACGACGAAUUCUUGCACAAAAAGAAAAUGGUACAUUGAGAAACUUAAACACUAGCCCUAAUAGUAUGAUGGCUGGAGGUGGACAAGGCUUAUGGGUUAGUUUAAAAUUAUUCAAAGGAGAUAUCAAACAAGUACGAGAAGAAUAUCCACACUUAGUUUUAGGAAACGUUGCAAUAUCACGUAAAAUGGGAUUUCCUGAAGUUAUAUUACCUGGUGAUGUGAGAAAUGAUCUCUAUUUGAGAUUGUCUCAUGGUGAUUUUAGCAAAAGUUCAAAAUCAACUGAUAAAAAUGUUGAAGUGACAGUCAAAGUAUGUAAUGAACAAGGCACCAUGGUACUUGGUGUUAUAAUAAUUGGUAGUGGUGUAUCACCAAUUGAUCAGUAUCGUAGUAUAAUUUAUCAUCAUGAUGAUAAGCCAAAGUGGUUGGAAACAUUUAAAAUAGCAGUACCCAUUGAAGAAUUUAAGCAAGCACAUUUAAAAUUUACUUUUAAGCAUCGCAGUUCAAGUGAAGCCAAGGAUAAAUCAGAAAAGCCAUUUGCAAUGAGUUAUGUACGUCUUAUGCAACGCAAUGGUACUACUCUUCAAAAUACAAAUCACGAAUUAUUAGUUUAUAAAAUAGAUAAUAAAAAAUAUGACGAAGACGAUACAACUUAUUUCAAAUUACCAUCGACGAGGUCAGACUUUAUUGAGCUUAAUAGAGAAAAAAAAAUUACUUUAGGGUUUUUAAGCUUAUCCUCGAAAGAUAGUUUUUUUAUAUCAACAAAUAUAUGUUCAACAAAAUUAACACAAAACGUUGAUUUACUUGGUUUACUCAAUUGGUCAUCAACACCGAUGAACCUCAAACAAUCAUUAAUUGCAUUCAUGAAUGUGGAUGGGGAAGAAGUUGUUAAAUUUUUGCAAGAUGUUUUGGAUGCAUUAUUUAAUAUUUUGAUGAGUAAUUCCGACUGUGACGAUUAUGAUAACAUGGUAUUUGAAUGCAUUUUAUAUAUUAUUGGGCUUGUGUCCGAUCGUAAAUAUCAACAUUUUCAACCUAUAUUGGAUCUUUACAUAUCCGAAAGUUUUUCUGCAACAUUAGCAUACAAAAAAUUAAUUGCUGUAUUAAGAAAACGUAUUGAUAAUGCUGGUAAACAGACCAGUGAUUGCCAAGAACGUGAUAUACUACUUAAAACAAUGAAAAGUCUUCAGUAUUGCAUGCGAUUUAUUGUCGAAUCACGACUACUGUUUACUGAGCUUGAUCAAAAUGAAGAAGAAUUUUCCCUAACACUUACAGAUUUAUUAAAGUCUAUCGUUGACAUGAUGAAAUAUGAAACUGACAGUACAUUAUUGGUACAAGGUGCUUGUCUUAAAUAUUUUCCAACAACAAUACCUCAUCUUUUGCGUGUCUACAGUGGCAAACAACUGAGCACAAUUUUGACAGAAUUACUUAUGAUACUACCACCCGGAAGACUAACUAAACAAAAAAUGAUGACUGUUAAUGACAUUGUUCACAGCCCUCUAUUUUUGAAUGCUGAUUGUAGAGCUAUACUAUUACCCCGGAUAAUUGUACUUGUUCGUGACUUGCUGGAAGCAAAUGAAGAGGGACUUUCGAGUACGCCUGGAAAAAGUGUGGCAAAGGUAGCUAGAGUGCUGGGUGAAAACCGUCAUCGACUCAAUCAACAUCGGGGUUAUUCUGAAGAGGUAGAGUUAUGUGUAAAAAUAUUAUCCGAUAUUUUGGAGUUAACAUUUCGAAAAGAUGUUGGUUCAACAGUUUCUGACGUGAAAGAAAUAAUGUUGUGUGCACUGAGAACAAUCAUUCAAACAGUUAUAUCAAUGGAUAGAGAAAAUCCCCUUAUUGGAAAUUUAUUUUCUGUUAUGCUAUCAAUAUUCAGGCAAAUGACACCUCAUCAUUACAACAUCUAUAUUAAUCAUUUUCCAACCCGUAUAGAUUUACUCGAUUUUCUUAUGGAAAUUCUAAUGGUUUUCAAAGAUUUGGUUUUAAAAACAGUUUUUCCAGACGACUGGAGUGAAAUGAUUAUGAUACAAAAUAGCGUUAUUCUCAAGUCUUUGAGAUUUUUUUCUGGUACAAUAAGAGACUAUUUUUUUACUGAAUUUGAGCAACAAUCAUGGUCUAAUUUUUUUCAUUGUGCCAUCGCCUUUUUGACACAAGCACCACUUCAACUUGAAACAUUCACAUCAUCCAAACGAAAUCGAAUUAUUUCUCGAUAUCACGAUAUGCGCCGAGAAACAGCCUUUGAAAUCCGAUCAAUGUGGUUUAACUUGGGACAAUAUAAAAUAAUGUUUGUACCAAGUUUAGUGGGUCCAAUACUUGAGAUGGCUUUGAUACCUGAAGCAGAAUUGAGAAAAGCGACAAUACCAAUUUUUUUUGAUAUGAUGCAAUGCGAAUUUUAUAGUUCGAAAAUAGUAGACGGUUAUGGUGAUACAAAACGUGAUCCAGGUCAUAUAAAAGGUAACUUCGUUGAAUAUGAAAAUGAAAUGAUUGCGCAACUCGACAUACUUGUUGAAGGUGGUCGAGGAGAUGAACAAUUUUGUGAAUUAUGGGUCCAAGUUAUGGCUGUACUUUGUGAAAAUCAUUCAACAAUGCGUGAACAGGGUGUUAAGUUUGUUGAUGAUGUUUCAAAAUUAAUGGAACAUUUAUUACAGUAUCGUGAUAUUAUUAAUACUGAAUGCCAAGAACAUCGUAUGAUGUGUACUGUUAAUCUCCUUAAAUUUUAUUCUGACAUUAAUCGUAAAGAAAUGUAUAUAAGAUAUGUAAAUAAAUUAUGUGAGUUGCAUCUUGAAUGCGAUGAUUAUACUGAAGCUGCAUACACGCUUAAACUACAUAGUGAAUUGUUGGAUUGGAGUGAUCAACCAUUACCACCGUUAUUGCGAUCAAACCGCUACUCGCUAUGUCAAACACACCGUGAACUCAAAGAAGCACUUUAUAAUGAUAUUAUUGAGUACUUUGAUAAAGGAAAAAUGUGGGAAUGUGCCUUAACUGUUUGCAAAGAAUUAGUAACUCAAUAUGAAGAAAAAACUUAUGAUUAUUUGCAGCUUUCUGUAAUUUUACAACGAAUGGCUAAAUAUUAUGAUUCAAUUGUUAAACAAUUUAGACCAGAGCCUGGAUAUUUUAGAGUUGCUUAUUACGGACGGGGUCAUCCUUUGUUUCUUCAAAAUAAAAUAUUUGUUUACAGAGGCAAAGAAUAUGAAAGACUUAGUGAUUUUUGUACACGAACUUUGAAUCAAUUACCAAAUGCUGAAAGAAUGAAUAAACUUUCCCCACCUAAUGAUGAUAUUAUCAAAUCUAAUUGUCAAUAUGUACAAAUUAAUUCUGUUGAACCAUUAAUGGAUGAAAAAAAGCAUCGUUUAAGUGGCAAGCCAGUAACUGCUGAAGCAGUUUUAAAGUAUCACAAAGUUAAUGAUGUACAAAAAUUUCGUUUCUCACGACCAGCACCAAAGAAAGAUACAUCACUAUUUGCUUCAAAUAGUCAAUUAAAUUUCGAAAAAUAUCACGAUAAUAAUGAUAUUGAGAUUGACGCCGAUUGUAAAGUCACUGAUUAUUCUUCGAGCAAUGGAAAUAGUAAUAACAAUAACAAUAAUAAUAACGACAACGAGUUUGCAUCAUUGUGGCUGGAAAGAACAGUUUUAACGACCAGUAAUUCUUUGCCAGGCAUCCUUCGAUGGUUUCCUGUUAUUUUAAAUGAAACUUAUCUUGUCAGCCCGUUGCGUAAUGCAGUUGAAACAAUGCAAACUGCAAAUUCGAAACUUCGUAGUCUUAUAAUUACAUAUAAAUCAGAUUUAAGUCUCCCGCUCAAUCCAUUAAGUAUGAAACUUCAGGGUAUAUUGGAUCCAGCUGUUAUGGGUGGUAUUGAUAACUACGAAAAAGCAUUUCUCAAUCACAUCUACAAAGAGACCCAUCCACAAGAACGUUCUGACUUAUUGAAACUCCAAAGUCUCAUUGCUGAGCAAAUACCAUUACUGGGAGUUGGAGUUACGCUUCACAAAUCUCGAGCGCCUUCACAAUUGGCACUUUUUCAUCAACGAUUAGAGCAAUGUUUUUACUCUAUGAAAACUGAAGUUGAAAAAAAAUACGGCAAGCGUACAUGCGAUUUACAAAUUGAUGCACUGACACAAUCAGUCACUUUGAGAAAAGAUCAGCAUUACAAGAAUGAUAUUUAUUGUAUUUCUGAUAUUUCUACUUCACUAAACACAUUGGAGAGUAGUUCCAUACGAUCUCAUAUAUUAUCAUCAACAUCACUUCAGAAGGCAUUGGGAUCUUCUGGUGUAGGUACUAACAAAAAAAAAGAUUCGAAACGAAGACAUUCAAGAAAAAGUGAAAUAUCUGGAAGCAGAGAUUGCAAAGAACAGUCGACAAGUCAGUGGUAUACAACACCAGAGCUUUCAAUACAAUCACUAAGUUCUUCAAUGUCUUCCUCACUGAAUAUUACAUCAACUCCUGUAUUUGAAUUGCGACAAGAACUAACAUCAUCCCGACCUUUACGUUCAGAGAUUGAAAGAGAACGAAAGAAUCGUUGGUCUGGUCAAUCACAAACAUAUUCAUUGAAAAAUAUGAAUGAUUAUGAUAUGAGUGAUGCUAAAAUAAGAAAUCGAGAUAGUAUUGCGACAACAGAUAGUAAUGCUUCAGAAGAUGAUCUGCCACCUCCGCUACCAUUGAAAAUGCGAGAUUCUGAUUGUAGUCAUCUCCCUCAAGAAGAAAAUUUAUCUUACUCAAAUAAUCAUCUCAACUGCAGUGAUGAACUGGAAUCGCAGUUUUUAGACUGUCUGAAUAAACCACCAACACCUCCACCCAAACCAAGUCGUUCAUUUCAUAUAAUCAAUAAUAAAAGUGUCCAAAUAAAUGAUGAGAAUACUCUACAGAAUUCGACGGCCUGAAACUCUUAUAAUACAGUUAUAUUUAAAAUAAUCACCAAUUGAAGAGCUUGCCAUAAAAUCAUAUUUUUAUAUUUUUGAUAUAUUAUAUUCUACAAUAAGAAAUAAUUUAUUGAUAUUUUUAAUGAAUACGUACACAUUUUUGAUCGUUUUUUUGAACGAAAGAACUAUUUUAAUUUUAAUAUGCUAUAUUUUAUCAUCUAAUUAAAUCUAUAUUUAUUUUUUCCUGUUAUUAAACAUGAUGUAUAAAUGCAUUAUUUACAAUAUUCGAUUUUAUAAUUUUAUGAAUUUUCGUUUUCUGAUACAGUUAUACCGUUAUCAAAAAGCGUUUAAACGUAAGAAAAAUCAAGAGAAGAGAAAAAGAGACCAAAAGAAGUUAACAAAUAGUUCAUAAGACCCUUUUAAUUUUUGUUAUGUAUUUAUAGUCCGUAAGCUGAUGGCAAAAAAACUAGACUCAACCGUAUACGAAAAGAACUUGUCAAAUGGUAGUCCUUGGCACCUAGAACACGUUGCACAUACCCUCAAGCAGUUUUUUGGUCGCCCGUCCACAUGUAAGCCAGGUAAAAAAUCGAUUAUUCAGACUCCUCAUAAUUACAUAAUUUUUUGUUUAAAUACUUUUAAU